UCCAGCCCCUCUCCUUCCCUCUCCUCCUGCCUCUCUCUCUCUCUCUGCCUUGGCCAGCGCCACGUCCUGCACACGGAAGCGAUGUUGCUGCUGCUGCCCUCCCGGGCGCUGCUGGGCAGCCUGCUGCUGCUCGGUCUGCUGGGUCUGGUUGCGGGGACCGACCCGGCCGAGCUGCUGGUGGAAGUGGUGCACAAGCCCGCGGAGUGCGUGGAGCUGUCGGCCCAGGGAGACACGCUGCACGUGCACUACACGGGUCGGCUCAAGGACGGCUCCGUCUUCGACACGUCAGCCAUGCGGGACCCCCUGCAGGUGGAGCUCGGCAAGAAGCAAGUGAUUCCAGGAUGGGAGCAGGGCUUGCUCGGCAUGUGUGUUGGGGAGAAGAGGAAGCUCGUGAUUCCGCCUCACCUGGCGUACGGCAAGAGGGGCGCUCCUCCCAGCAUCCCAGCGGACGCCGUGCUCACGUUCGAGACGGAGCUCGUGUCGCUGCGUCACAAGGAGACGUGGGAGCGGGCGCUGGAGACGGCGCUGCCCUUCGUUUACGUGGGCCUGGUGCCGGGGCUGCUGUGCCUGCUGGCGUACUACCUGUACCGCAAGGCGUCCGCCCCGCGCGCCUCCCGCAAGAAGGCCAAGGAGGAGCGCAAGAACAAGAAAAAGUGAUCCCGACAGAAAAGCACCGAGCUCGCGAACACACACGCCGCGGGGGGAGGAUGAAUAUUUUUUUCCGUUGCUCGCGCACGUGCGCCACAGUGGUUUUGCCACUCCUCAUCUUGGGCUCCCAGCAUUUUGUCUUUUUUUUAAAUUAGGGACGGAUCAAUCCUGUGCGGUGUGUGUUGAGAAAUCGCGAGCAAUUUACAGGGUGUUUUAAAAAGAUGGACCCGAUUUGAAAUCGCUAUAUCUCUGCAACCACAAACCGCCCAUGAAUGAAACUCUUACCACUUGAAAGGGCGGGGCAUAGAGAGGGCGGGGCAUAGAGAGGGCGGGGCAUAGAGUUUCAAAUAAUUACCACUAGGUGCCUCUCCCAGCACACAAACAGCCCCUAGCCUCAGUCAUUCGCAAGACAACGCUGCCUCAACGUUGGAUAGGUCGCACGGGACCCCAAGACUUGGCGCUACACUCUUGGCCACCAAGAUCCCCAGGCAUCGCACCCUGCGAAUUUUUCGUGUGGGGAUACGUCAAAGACCGUGGUGUUUUUGUGCCAUCAUUAGCGACUAAUCUGGAUGACCUCAAAAACAGAAUCACGGCAGCGGUGACUUCAGUGGAAGAAGACAUUUUGAGAGGCGUUGGGGACGAAUUCAACUAGCGUCUCGAUGUUUUCUGUACAGCAGGUGGAGGGCACAUAGAGCAUUUAUAAAAUGGUUAGUAAAACUUAAUGACUCAUUAAACCGUUUUUAACUUUUUUGUUUAAUUGUAACAUGUUGCCAUCGUGAAAUAUACUGCCUUGAAAUUGGGUCCAUUAUUUAAAAAAACACCCUGUAUUACAACAGAAUAGCACAAAAAAAAUAUUCUCAAAAUCAUAUUGCAAUUCAAAAGCCUGUUCAAUGUUUCCGUUUGUGCUGUGGUCGAAUCUGUGGCCUUGUAAACUCAAAAGGAUGGCAGCUCUCCUGCAUCUGGCGGAACGUAUACGCAGCUUGAAUGGAGACGUCGCAUGAACACUCGGAAUUCCGCUGCUGUAUUUCUAUUUGUGGCUUGACUCGGAAUCGGAAUUAUCGAUCGCACCUAUCGGGAAUUCGACUGGCGCUGUGCAUUGCAAUAAUGUUAAAAAAAACCCUUGUUUUUCUAAAAAAGGCAGACUCAACAAAAAAUCUCUGCGACCCGCGCGUAGCCGGGAUUGUUACUUGGGAGUGGGCAUCCAACAUCAGAGCCACGGGCGUAACGACGUUCGGAAGUUGUGUAUUGUGCGUGGAAGGGCCCUUCGAGUCUUCAGCAGGGAUCUUGCAAAAUAAAAUUCGUCGGUGGAGCUUC